CCCACUCAGUCUCACAGGGCCAGAAAAACUGCAGGGCAGAAGAGCUGCUUUCUCAGGAGUACAGAGAGACUCCAGAGAGGAAAGCCCGGGUUCACAGCAAGCAGCAGGGCCAAGUGUCUGCUCAUAUGAGAGAAAAGACUACGUGGAGAGAGGGAGAGAGAGCACUGAGUAACAUACGUGAUUAAGAGAAGCAGGAACAAAGACACACAGGUUUGAGGACAAGGAGGACUUGGAAGGAGGAAGGAGCCUAGGCUAAAAAUCCAGCAGCCACCCCAGAAGAGACUGGAAUCCAGCAGCUUGUGGCUCCGCCCCCCUGCCUUUCUGCCUGAUUACCUGACAAGUGUUUCUUUUAUACUGUCUGCUUGAUUACCAGACCUGUGUGUCUUUUAGACUGGCUGAUUGCCUGGCCUAUGUGUUUUUUUGACCUGCUGUUUGAAUCUGUCUCAGAGUGCCUGUCCUCCUGACUGUGAGCAUGAGGUGUGUAUGUGUGCCACUGGUGUGUAUGUGUGUGUCUCUGGCCCUCCGUUGUGCUAUUUCACUGCCUCCCGAUGAAAGUGACACUUUUAUGGAGUGCACAGAUGGCUACCAGUGGGACUUACAAACAGAACACUGUAAAGACAUAAAUGAGUGUGAGACCAUCCCGGAAGCGUGCAAGGGGGAGAUGAAGUGCUUCAACCACUACGGUGGCUACCUCUGCCUCCCGCGCUCUGCCUCCGUGAUACCCGCCCCCGAGACACCCAGCCAGUCAGAGCGCAACCUGCCUGAUGAGAUCACAGAGCCCUACAACCCCUGCCCUGUAGGAUUUGAGCCACAGGGGGACAGCUGUGUAGACAUUAAUGAAUGUGAGCAGGACCAGCAUGACUGCCAGCCCAGUCAGCACUGUAUUAACACCCCGGGGGCUUUCACCUGCCAGUGUCCUGAUGGGUACCGCAAGGUUGGCACAGAGUGCAUCGACAUUGAUGAGUGUCGGUACAGGUACUGCCAGCACCGCUGUGUCAAUGUGCCAGGCUCCUUCUCCUGUCAGUGUGAACCUGGGUUCCAACUGGCUGGGAACAAUCGCUCCUGCAUUGAUGUGAAUGAGUGUGACAUGGGCGCCCCCUGUCAGCAGAGGUGUGCAAAUACUUAUGGCACCUUCACCUGUCGCUGUGAGCAGGGGUAUGAGCUGGCUCCUGAUGGCUUUGCAUGCAAAGAUAUUGAUGAGUGCAGCUACUCCAGCUUCCUGUGCCAGUUUAAGUGUGUGAACCAGCCAGGAAAGUUCUCCUGUGUGUGUCCAGAGGGAUAUCAACUGCAGAGGAACCGUCUGUGCCAAGAUGUGAAUGAGUGUGAGACAGGUGCACACACAUGCUCAGAGGGACAGGUCUGCAUUAACAUCUACGGUGGAUACCGCUGCGUCCACACCAAUCCCUGCCUGGAGCCCUAUGUACAGGUGACUGGCAAUCGCUGCGUGUGUUCAGUCAGUAAAGCCGCUUGCCGGGACCUUCCCCUGUCCAUCGUCCACCGCUACAUGAGCAUGACGUCCGACCGUGCCGUCCCCUCUGACGUCUUCCAGAUCCAAGCAACUAGCGUGUACCCAGGGGCACACAACACCUUCCGCAUCCGCUCCGGUGAUGAUAAUGGGGACUUCUACAUCCGUCAAAUGAACAACAUCAGCGCCAUGCUGGUCCUGGCACAGCCGCUGACAGGACCCCGGGAGUAUGUCUUAGACCUGGAGAUGGUGACUUCCAACCCUGCCCUGAGCUACCACACCGGCUCUGUCCUGCGCCUCUUCAUCUUUGUGGGAGCGCACCCCUUCUAGAGGAGGAGAGGGAGCGAGAGAACACGAGAGACAGAGGAGAGAGGGAGAGGGGGAGGAGGGAAGGGACAGGAGACAGAGGACAACAGGGCACUGAGUAAGUGUGAUAGAGAGGGCGAGGGAGAGAGAAAGAGGGAAAGAGACGUAUACACACACUCAUAAAGCUCUGUUUGGAUGCUCUGUGUGAGCACUGGAAAAAAAGAUGCUUAUAGGGUCAAACAACAGCGACUGUGAGGUGAGCCUCAGACAGUGCUGAACAGAAAACUACUGCAUCAUGCAUUCAAUGGGAGUGGAAUGGUAUCAUUGAGGGGCAUUGGUAUCAGUGAUAAGCCGUAUUACACAGAAGGUGAGCUGCUAUAUUAUUCGCCAUCAGGUUCACUGGUCUCUGAUUGGUCAAGAUGUCCAAUGUGAAUGUGCCCAGGUUAAUAAUGGUUGGUUUUUUAUUAGUGAGGCCCCUCACUCUGCUUUCAGAUAUCCUCCCAUUCUUGCAUUCUUCACCAUUUGUCCUUCCUUGCCUCUUAAAUAGGUUGCUUUCUAGACCUGCUCUCCACACCUCUUGGUCACGCUGAUCUCAGGACAGCGCUCAGCAGCUGCCAAAGCAGCUGUUUGGAGGCCAACACUAGUCUCUCUGAUCUCAGAUCAGUGGUCAGCUGCUGCCCUAGUCUCCCUCCUCCCCUUGACAGUGACGUCAAGUUUCUUCCGCCUCCUCCUUUCUCAGCCACCCUUUCCUUAGAGGAGGCGGGCAGCAGAAUUAAACUCACAGUAUGGAAAGACAACAGCAUAUAUACUCCAAGUGGUGUGAGGCAGAGCUCCAUUUGUGUGUGCAUUCACUUCUGAGCAUGAGAACUCCCGUUCCACACCACCGUUCCCGCACGCUGCAUGCUGUCUCCCAGCAUGAACCUGUCUUUAACCGCACCACGUGAGUGGAUUCUUAACUGUCACAGACAUAAUCGGUGACUAUUUCCAUUCUGUCCCACUCGGCUGUUUCAUUCACACACUCACCCAUUUACACUCACAAAUGUAACAUGGAACAGUGUGUUAGGAACCAGCACAUGGUUGUAGAUGUGAGAGCUAAAGUCAUUAGCAUUAGCACAUGGCUCUUUGCGGGCCCUUCUUUAGGGCCAUUGAUUUCUUCCUCUUCCUAAUGUCUGCCUGAAAGGCACGAUGGGAUACACAGAUGACCCCUUUCACAGCCAGCUGCCUCAACAUUUGAUUAGUUUGUCAUUCUCACUGUCUAGCAGUGUGCUAAACGAUGCCAGGCAUGGAAGUACCAUCACUGCAUGUUUUCAUAAAACCCUGACUAAGCUGUCCUUGUGACACAAAUUAUACCUUUCACUAUUAAAAUCAUUGAUAAAAACUCAGUGAUGAAUUAUCUAGCUAUCUAGCUGUUAAGCGACUUGUCACAGUAGGAGUAAAUGAAUUAAAGGAGAGGUGAUAAAGUAUGGACAUCUUUAUUUAUCACUGUUUUUCUUGAUUUAAUUUUUCAG